AUGCCUCGCGCCUACAGUGCCGACCGCCGCCAGCAGGAUGCAGAAGCUGCUCAAGCAGUUCGGGAGAGGCAGUCUGUCUGGCAGCUGCGCUGCAAGUUGGACCAGUCACGCCGCGAGGCUCGACUAGUUGCUCGGGCAUUGCAGCAUCAGUAUGCAGACGUGAAGAGGCUGGAGGCCGCCACAAGACAAGAGUCCCAAUACGCCGCCCAGCUGGAGUCCAAGGCAGCUCAGCUCUUAGCAAGCAGCCCGGCUGCCGAGCUUCGCUUCCAAGGCGAAGGAGAGCUGGAAAGCCUGCACGACGAGAAUCGUCGUCUUCUAAGAGACAUCCGAGCUUUGCGCCAGUCUGAGAAGGAGAGGCGUGGAGAAGCGUUGCGACUCCUCGAGACAGCCGAGGACUGCGCAGCAGUUGCAGAAGUUCCGGUGGAUCUGCUGGGUGCAGUUGGAUGGGGCCAGCUGGAGGUGCAGGAGGUGCAGCUGAAUCUUGCCCGUGCCAGCGCUGCGAGGUCUUGUGCUGCUGAGGAGCACGAUUCCCUUCUUUGGUCUUUGCACUCAACUCGCCAAGAGCAUCGUGUGAAGGUGGCACAGCUCGCGACAGACGAGUCGGCCGCACUGUCCGCCAGCGCAGAGCGCCGCCACUUCACGGCGGAGGUGGCGGCAUGCUGCGAGGCGGCCGUUCUCUUUCGAAACGAAUACAACGAGCUGCAGGCUGAGUCGGCUCGUGAUCAGGAAGAUGAGAAGGCAUGCAGCAAGGAGCUCCUGGAGCUUGAGUCAAGAGAAGAGACGUCCUCUCGGGACUUGCUCACAGAGUCCUGGCUCCUCAACCAGAGCCGCGAAGCAGCGCAGAGUCUUCGAGGACAGGUGGGGCAGAUCGAUGCGGCAUUGAGCGCUGCAGCUGCCCGACGGCGCGGCCUGGUGGCAGAAGAAUGGCGUGGAGACGCGUUGCAGGCGGCUGGGCUGCGAGAGCUGGAGGUGCAAGCUAGCGAACUGCAGAGUGAAGCAGCUUCUGCGCAGGUUGCAGCCCUCAACCUGAAGCAGAUUCGAGAAGGUUGCAAGCUUCAGAGCACCAAGCAGACGUCGAUGCUGGAGAUGGAGCACUCCAGAGCGGAAGAGCUCAUUGCGAGCUAUGCCUGCGCGUGGGAAAACGUCCACAAGCUGCAACGCGCUGUGCGAGCUGAAGAGCUGCAGAAGAAGGCGAUGCAAGACAGAGCCAGAGAAGCCGUUCUGGAGAGCGAGGCUGCUGAUGCGCAGCUUCUGAAAGCCCGCGCCAAAUGCGAGGUAGCUGCCGCUGCGCUUGCGCAGGGCCGGCAGCUGGCAAUGGAUAGAGGUGCCGAUUUGCGCGGAGAGCUGAAGCAGCGCAGCGCAGCUCAGGCUUGCCUAAGCGAAGAGAUUGAAGAGGCAAGGGCGAAACGCAGAAGCCGCAAAGCACUGCAAAGGUAG